AAAUAACACAAUGAACGUUAAAAAUUACUUGUAUCGAAAUCAGUGUGAAAUAAUUUCGAAUUUAAAGUGUGUGUUAAUAAACUAAAAAUGGCUGCUAAAGAAUCGAACGAAGAUCAAUUAAAUAAUUCUAUAUCUUCUACUACAAGUAGUAUGGAAAUAGAAUCUCUUAAAUCACAAUUAAAGGUCGCCUCAUUGAGUCCAAAUCCAACUAUGAAAAUAGAAGAAUGGUUACAAUUGUUUGAGAAAUUGUUGUCUAUGUACAAGCAAGAGCUGUACGAUGAAAGUAUUUUCAGUCAAAUUUUGCCUAUGGUUCAUUCUCUCCUAUGUCAAGUUUUCAAACUAAUUAAUAUAUUUUUGACAAGUACUACAGAAUCAAACAUUUUGAGUAAUAUAAAAGACAAAUUAUUUGAUAGUAGUUGUAUAUUGCAUUUUUAUAAAAAAUCAAUGGAAUAUGCAUUUAGUUGUGGAAAGAUUUCCAUUGAAUAUGUUAAAUCGCUGUCUGAAACGUUACUUUCUUCUACAAACCUAAUUUUUGAACAUUUUCAGUUAAGUUCAAAUACUUAUGGAAAAUUUUUUAAAGAUUUAUCCAAUGAUUUAAAAAGUCUUUUCCAAAAAACAAAUGAGAUUUUCAGUAUAUUUUUGAUUGCAUUAGAUGAUGUUAUUAUUUUUGACGUUAAAGUAGAAUCUGAAAUGACAUCAUUACUGAACGUAAUAACAUUACUUGGUGCUGUUGCUGCAAAUUUACAGAGCUUAGACUUGAAAUUUUUUGUGAAAGUAACAAUGAUUUUUGGUAAAUUAGCUAUGACGUAUAUCUCUGAUAUCAAAAAAAUAUCUCCAGAAAAAAUGCUUAUGUCAUUCCAACAAAUAACUGAGAAAACCAAUCUUUUAUAUUCCACAGUUUUGGAUCCAAAUAGUAAAAUGAAAGAAUGGAUAUUAAGAAGUGCUUGUUUAAUUUUAAACGUCAUUAUUAGAUUGACUUCAGCUUACAACGAAUAUUUAAGUGAUGAUUUUCUCUUUACAUUAACUGAACUUCUAUUGAAACUAUAUAGAUGUAUUGCCUUGUUAACAAACAGUAUAACAAAUGAUAUGCUGAAAAAUGAUAUUUCAUCAACAACAACGAAUCUUCUUAAUGCUCUUCUGAAAACUAACAACUUUAAUCAAAUUUAUUUUCAAUAUGGAAAAAAAAAGGAUGGCGAUAAAUUAGGUUUUCAUUUAUUAACACUUGCGAUUUUGGAAGUAAUAAAUAAGAUUCCAUAUGAUAGACAUUGUAUAUGGAUAUUAGGAUCACAAUCAGUACUCGACGUUGUUUUCACAAAUUUUAAUUAUUUACAAGAAGAACUUUAUACAGAAGAAUUGCAGCUCACGAGCAAUUACAGUUUCGAAAAAAAAGCAGGUUCUAAUGAUCUUUAUACAAUAACUUUAAUAUCGAGUAGCAAAUUUAUUAUUUCCAUGCCUUAUGAAAAUUUCCAUGUUGUCGAAAAAAUAUUACUAAAACAUCUUUUGAGCGGAUACUUUUGGAGUUCUUUACUUAGUUCUGAUGUUUGGUAUCUCGUAGGACGGUACAGCUCAUCCGAUUUAUGUAGUUCUCACGUGAAAUAUUUAAUGCGCACAUAUGCUGUUUUGAUCGAACGUAACGAUACUUUUGAAGUAUGUAUUUUAAGAAAUUUGAUUAGCAGACUUUAUACUUUAUUACAGGAAAAUGAAAAGCAUUCUGUAGUGAUCGAAUUAGACGAUAUAGAUGCGUGUUUAUGGACACCUUUUUCACAAUUGUUACCGAAUCAAAUGCGCAUGGUAAUAUGGAAACGUUUAGCUUUUAGAAUAAAUAACAUUCAAGAUUUAGUAGACGAUUUUUUCGAAGAGCCUAGUGAACGACAGUGGUAUCAAUUGAUGAAAUUAAUACCAGCAACAAACAAAUUUAAUUCUUCAGUGGACACAGAAAUAUUUAAUGUUGUUUCCAAAUUAUGGGAAUUUAUUACAAAUAUUAUUGAAGAAUGCGAGUAUAGAUAUUUAUUUAUAUUAUCUGAUUUUUCCAUGAGUAUGCUUGAUGGUACUAAAUACGACUUUUUUAAUAAAGAUUCUAUCAUAAAUGCUAUAGAUAAUUUAUCUUUGCACGCAUUACCUCAUGCGAAAAUAAAGAUAGCAUAUUAUUUAGAAGAUUUAAUUGCGACAUUUAAGAAGUACCAACCUAAUAAUGUGAUUAACGGAGUCGUAAAGAUACAUUCUAGAUUGUUGGAGGAUGAAAACCCGUGGGUGUAUCAAGAAAAUCUUGAAUGUUUUGAUCGUUUUUCAAGUACGUGUCUUAGCGAAGGACUUGUGGUAAAAAUCGCGGAUACCAUUUCCGGAAAAUCAAUGAUUUGCGAUUCCGUACCUGCAUAUCUGUCGCGCAAGCAAUAUUACAAAUUGCAAGAUGUCCCAGAUAUUAAAUUCUAUUUAUUGUGUUUAGUUAAAAAUUCCCUUAAUAGGAGUACGAGGCAUAUCUGUAUGAAUUUCAAAGAUUCCAAAAAAGAUGUAAAGAUACCAAGGAUAGAAACAGAAACAAUCAAAUGUAAUAUUACAUCUCAAGAACUGAAUGAGCGCGUAAAUUCUAUAUGCGAGGAAUUAAGAAAUCUUUUAAAACGGAAGAGUGAUAUUAAUGAAGUUUCUUUGAGAAAUUUGCGAACUGUGCUUACAAGACUUACGGAGUAAUUCGUCGAAAUAAGUUACAUAGAUGGUAAUAAAAAAAUAGGCUUCAUAAUUUCUAGGGUAGAUAGUACUCGUCAAAUGAUGAAAAAAGUCCUAAUUAUUAUAAGACGAAAAAAUCAGUAUUUUCAAAGUUAUAAAUAAUUUUUUGUUUCAAUUGAAGCGAGUAUUUUUCUCGCUUCGGAAGCUGUUGAACACAAUAUAGAAACAAUAGAUUUCAUAAUUAUUUCUUCUUUUCCUUGUUGCAGAAGGCUUUUUUAAUAUAUCUUUAGUGUCUUAUAAAAAAAUAAU